GUAACUUCCCUACGAAUACUUUGAGAAUUUAUAAUGUUUCUAAUAUUUCCAAUGGAAUUCCAAGCGUUAUAAGGUUUGUUCCAUCAGCUAUUUCCGCGACUCCUUCAAAACAGGAUGAUCCUUCAAAACCGAAUGAUCAAAGUUUUUUUACCUGGGUAAUGGUUGGUAGCGUUAUUGGUGGUUUCGUUGGUGGUAUUGCAUUUACUCUUAUGAUAUGGUUCUUACGUAAACGACUAGUAAAUAAUGCAAGCAAACAAAACGAGAGUCUAGAAGAUAGUUCAAAUGUUGUUAAUGAAUCUAACCAUAAAGAUAAUGAUUAA